GUCACGUGUCCAGAGGUGGCGCCGCGGCUGCGGUAACGUGUCAUGGAGUGUGAUUGUAAACCGGACAGUGCCUGUACCUCGACCUCUCAAUGUGGCGACAAGACCGAUUUGGAAAGUGCUGUGGAGGAUCUUUGGAUAAACUUCAACAGUUUGCUGACAGGGGCACUUACCGUCCUGGGGUAUUUGCUUUACAAAUUCUCACAAGCUCUCCCAGCUAUAAUAAGAUGGCCAAUACGUAUCUUUUGCUCACUCACUGGUCUGUCUUCGCUGUGGAGCUGGGUGUCCCGACUGCUGAGCACUGUCCGCGGCAUACAGACCUUACUAAAGUGGUUGUCUUCUCUCUGGAAGGUUAUUGCAGCACUGCCUUCUAAACUCAGCUGGGUGCCUGUGGUAAUCAAAGCCAUUGCAGGCUCACUUACUAAUGUGAAGAAAUGUCUGGAGGCUGUGACCAAUCUCAUCCAGUACCUGAGAGGGCUCUCCAAAAGUAAGUCUCUGCAGACUACACACUCCCCAAGUCCCAGCACUUUCACAUCUGAUCCCUCAAACCCCAGGCUGCGACUCAUUCUGGUCGGGCCCCCGGGGGGUGGGCGGAGCUCGCUUGGGGACACUCUUCUCAGCUGCAGCGGAGGAUUGCCCAGAGUGCUCAGGCAGAGUGCGAGUCAGAGGACCAUCGUGGAAGGGAGAGAGGUGACCGUGGUGGACACCCCAGAUCUGCUGGGGUCAUCUCUGGGAGCCGCAGAGAGGGCACGGGAGGCCUUACGGAGCAUACAGCUGGCCAGCCCUGGGCCGCACGCCUUCCUGCUGGUGAUGCCUGCCCCUGGCUUGAGCGAUGAGUGCAACAUCAGUGAAAUUCAGGCCUUGAGGGCCCUGCUGGCACUGGUGGGUGAAGGUGCCCUGAACCACGUGCUGCCGGUUCUCACCCACGCAGACUCUGUGGGCAGUCCCUGUACACUUGCACAUCUGCUUCAAGUGGCCCCCGAGGGCCUCAGGGCCACACUGUCCCUGUGCUCCCAGAGGGCAGAGAUUGUCGACAACAGCCCUGCCUGUUCCCCGUCUAAGAAGAGGGCGCUGGCCAGGAGGGUGCUGGAGAGGGUGUUAGAGAUGAGGGAGCUGGGCGGCCAUUACCGUCAUGAGCUGCAAAGACGAGAGGAUAGGAUUAGGGAGGAGCUACUGGAGGACAUGGUUGCUGUGCUGGAGAGCAGUCUGAAGGAGAGGGAAAAGGAGGAGGAGAGAAGAGGAGAGCAAUGGCAGUGAGGGACAGAGAUAGAAUAGGAGACUGAAGAGAGAUGGGGCUCAGUGUGCGAGAACCUUGUGAAGGUAGUGGAUCAG